GGCACAAGCCUGAUUGUGUGUGUUUGUCUCUAGUCUUGUUAAUCAAUCAACCCCUAUUCAACAAAUAGCUUAAAAAAUGUCAACAAUUUAAUUAUUGUUGCAUUUUUUUGCCAUAAACAGCGUGUGCGAUAGAGAGAACGAGAGGGAGGAACGAAAAGGCAGCGGAGUAAUUAAUAAAAGCAGUUGCUGCUGCUGCUGUUGGAAAGGAAUAAGAAGAAUAUAAGAAAACAACAACAAAGGCAACUCGAAACAUACACACAUAUACACGCACGCACGCACGCAGGCACACACGCAGAAAGAGAGCGAGAGAGAGACAUAGAAAAACAAAUACAAACAAAGGCAGCUUUUCCAGAAAUUGGGUCGCGUUUAAUUCUCAGUUUGUUUCGUGUUAUUUUUGUUAUGGCAACUUUGCGUACAUGUAUUGUGUGAAACACGCAGGAGAAACAGCAGCGGCAAUGAGUGUCGUUGGCAAGCAACUGAAUCCGGUGCAAUCAUCGUCCUCCACCUCCGUCUCUGCCUCCAGCACAGCAACGGGAGCUGCCAGCAGCGCGUCCAUCAACAGCAGCUGCAGCAACAGCAACAACAGUAACAACAGCAGCAGCAGCAGCAGCAACAACAGCAACGAUGCAACAUCAUCGUCAACAGUGUCGCUGUCGGCUGCCACAUCGGUGGCAAGUGGCGAUGUUAAACAGCAGCAGCAGCAUCGCAUGGACAAUUCAAAUGUAACGCCCGAGGAUGUACUGCAUCUGAAUAAAAUCACCGAUGACUAUCUAUGCUCAGCGAACGCCAAUGUCUUUGAAAUCGACUUUACACGUUUCAAGAUACGCGAUCUGGAGAGCGGCGCCGUCUUAUUUGAGAUUGCCAAGCCGCCCAGCGAGCAAUUCCCCGAUGGCCUAUCCAUUGAGGAUACCAUGCUAGCCGCCGCCGAGGAGCUAUCCCUCGAUGACACUGCCGAUCCGAAUGCCGGACGCUAUGUACGCUAUCAAUUUACGCCGGCAUUUCUCAAUCUUAAGACCGUCGGCGCCACUGUGGAGUUUACGGUCGGCAGCCAGCCGGUUAAUAAUUUUCGGAUGAUUGAACGACAUUUCUUCCGCGAUCGCUUGCUAAAGACAUUCGAUUUUGAGUUCGGCUAUUGCAUUCCAUAUUCGAAAAAUACUUGCGAACACAUCUACGAGUUUCCUAAUCUUCCACCAGACCUGGUUGCUGAAAUGAUAUCGAGUCCCUUUGAGACGCGCUCGGACAGCUUUUACUUUGUGGAAAAUCGACUCGUGAUGCACAACAAAGCGGAUUACGCCUAUGAUGGGGGUAUUAUUGUCUAAAAAAAAAUCGACUGCAAGUGGGAGAACUAUAGAAUUGAUUGAUGUCGAUUGAAGCAGCUGCUAAGAAAACUAAAAACUAAACCUAAAACCUAGAAAAAAAACUAACUAAAUACAAAGCUGACUCACACACACACACCCCAAGUACACCCAUACACACACACACACAAUCAAAAGACCUACAUACGCACAUUAAGCAAAAAAAAAAAAAAGGAAACCAAAGCAAAGAAAGAAAAAUACAAACAAAUUGAAAAGGAAAAACCAUUUUAGCCUUAGCACAAUGUUUUACCCACCAUUCCUGUUUAAUGUAUUUAUUAUGAUAAACACACAUACACACACAGCAGCUACACACAUACGCACGCAAACUGUGUUCAUUUAUAUAAAAGAAAAAAA